GACACUCGCGUUACAAGCUGUCAUUGACCAAAAGAGGCAUAACAAGCCAAGACGCAACUCUUUGAACCUCAAGCCUUUCAGUGAACCGUCGAGCAGUUUUCAGCUUUCUCUGUACCUCGCAGAUCUUCCAACUGGAAAACAUUACCUUGCUUGAACGGCAAAAAAAGACAACCAAGAUGAAAGUUGUCGGAUCUACCUGCGCACUGAAGAACAAGGCCGGCAGCGAGGAUGUGGUGCGGUGCCUGUCCGAGCAGAGCUUGGCCAUCUCCAAAUGCAAGAUCCCGCUGCUGGACGACCAGAUGAACGUCUUCCUCUACGACAUGAACAGCUGCUACAGCAAACUGAAGGAGCUCGUUCCUACUCUGCCGCCCAACAAGAAGGCCAGCAAGAUGGAGAUCCUGCAGCACGUCAUUGACUAUAUCUGGGACCUGCAGCUGGAGCUCGACUCCCCGGGUUUAAACCGUCAGCAGGCGGCAAAUGGCUCGUCCCUCACCCGGUCCCCUCUGACAACCCUAAACGCGGAGAUUGCAAGCAUCACCGUAGAGAAUGGAUGCUCGGACGACCGGAUCCUGUGUCGCUGAUCCUCCUGCAGCUGUCAAAACCCGUCUUCGGCACAACGGAGCCAGCAGAUAAAACGACGAGAACAAACAAGGUGCCUACAUGAGUGACGAUUCAUCACUUCGUUAACCUUGACCAAGUAGGGAAUAGUGAAGCUCCCGCAGUAGAAAAGACUGUAUAAACGACACGAAGAGGGCUGUCCCGCGAUUCGGCACCCGGUGGUAGAGCUGUCCUCCUGCAGCGGGCGUUAUGGGACCAGAUCGAGCUAAAGGCGCUCAGACCGCGCUGGUGUCGGUUCCACCUUUUGCAUCACAACGACUACUCUUGUUUGGUGCUUCCGAUUUGAAAAUUUUACGAGAGAUCUAUUAUUUUUUUUGCCUGUUUUUUCUCUAUUUUCAAAUGUACACGUAGGGGAUAUAUUUUGUAAAAAAUGACAACUUCUCAGAUUGCUGAGCUAUUAUUGUAUUGUAUAUUACAAUGCUAUACGAUGUGAAAGUUUAUAUUGUUUUUUUACAAUGUACCUAAAUGGUGUUUUAUUAAAACGACAAAGUAUUUUGAAAGUC